UUUAUUUUUAAUAGCUAAUAUAAUUUACUUUUUUCUUUUUGGUUAUUUAUUUUCUCUCGUCUUCUCUCCUUAUUGGUUUUUUUUCUCUCAUAGUCGCUCUCCCUCUCCUCUCCCUUUGAGAAAUCCCUAACUCUUUGCUCUUCUCUUCCCGGCGAUCUAUCUCUCCGAUUUGGGUAUUGAAAUGGCAACUCCUAUGGUUGAAGAUACGUCAAGCUUCGAAGAGGAUCAGCUUGCUUCCAUGUCCACCGAAGAUAUCACUAGAGCUACUCGUCUUCUCGACAACGAGAUUCGAAUUCUCAAGGAAGACGCGCAAAGAACAAAUCUAGAAUGUGAUUCUUACAAGGAGAAGAUUAAGGAGAAUCAGGAGAAGAUUAAACUCAACAAGCAGCUGCCUUACUUGGUUGGCAACAUUGUCGAGAUUUUGGAGAUGAAUCCAGAAGAUGAUGCUGAGGAAGAUGGUGCAAAUAUUGAUCUUGACUCGCAACGGAAAGGAAAAUGUGUUGUGUUGAAAACGUCUACACGGCAGACCAUCUUUCUACCAGUUGUUGGACUCGUGGAUCCUGAUAGUUUGAAACCUGGUGACUUGGUUGGAGUUAACAAAGAUAGCUACUUGAUUUUGGAUACCUUGCCAUCCGAGUAUGACUCUAGGGUUAAAGCCAUGGAGGUCGAUGAAAAACCAACUGAAGAUUACAAUGACAUUGGAGGACUAGAGAAGCAGAUCCAAGAGCUUGUAGAGGCAAUUGUGCUUCCCAUGACGCACAAGGAACGUUUUGAGAAGCUGGGUGUUCGUCCACCAAAGGGAGUGCUCUUGUAUGGUCCCCCAGGGACUGGUAAAACUUUAAUGGCUCGUGCCUGCGCAGCACAGACCAAUGCCACCUUCCUUAAAUUGGCAGGCCCUCAAUUGGUCCAGAUGUUCAUUGGAGACGGAGCAAAGCUUGUCCGUGAUGCCUUUCAACUUGCCAAAGAGAAAGCUCCGUGCAUUAUCUUCAUAGAUGAAAUCGAUGCCAUUGGUACAAAGCGUUUCGACAGUGAAGUCAGCGGAGACAGGGAAGUGCAGAGGACUAUGUUGGAGUUGCUCAAUCAACUUGACGGAUUCAGUAGCGAUGAACGUAUUAAGGUGAUUGCAGCUACUAACCGUGCAGAUAUUCUGGACCCAGCACUCAUGCGUUCUGGUCGAUUAGACAGAAAGAUUGAGUUCCCACACCCAACCGAAGAAGCGAGAGCAAGAAUCUUGCAGAUUCACUCAAGGAAGAUGAAUGUCCACCCAGACGUCAACUUUGAGGAGCUUGCACGAUCAACAGAUGAUUUCAAUGGAGCUCAGCUGAAAGCAGUGUGUGUAGAGGCAGGCAUGUUAGCUCUUCGCCGUGAUGCCACAGAGGUGAACCAUGAAGACUUCAAUGAAGGUAUCAUCCAAGUCCAGGCCAAGAAGAAAGCAAGCUUGAACUACUACGCCUGAUCUCUCUCUCUCAUCAUUUAUUUUUAUCAAUGCCGUUUAUCUUUCAACUAGUUUUACUUGUACCCUCAUUCCGAUUUGGAUCUUUUUAAGUUUUCGAAUCAGGAUCAUCUAUUAUAUCAAAAUACAUUUAAUUGUGUUCAUCUUCUUCUGAAAACAAGUUUGGAAAUUUAGAAAUCUUAGUAUCUCUAUAGUAUUGGUUCAUGGUAUAUAGACCUAUUCUAAAAUUAUGUUUUCUUUCAGAAAUUUUUAA